CGGGUUUGAAUCACGGAUUUGGAUUCAACCCAACAGAUGUACUUUACUGAGAAAGUGCAAUGCCAAUUAUGAUCCAUUAUCAAUGACAGCAGAGGGAACUGGUAUUGCUUACUUUGAGCCAACGAACGAAGUGUAUGUAGCUCUGACCUUUGACAACAGCUCAUUCAAUGGAGUGUAUGCCUUCAACAGGACCAGCUUUCCACAAAUCAGAUUUCUCUUCCCGUAUGAUGGCAUUACCGGGAGGCUUUUCGUAUCUGAAAGCACCUUGUAUAUGAAUGAUGGUCAGAGUCUUCUGCGGAUCAUGGCAGGUGAAACGUCCUGGACUAAUGUUGUAGUGUGGUCUUUAGAACUCAUUGCAUUUGUAGUUCAGGAUGAUGGUAUGGUCGUGUUCUGUGAAGAGUCUGGGUCUGUAUGGACGUAUAGUCCAACAGAUCGACUGUUCCGGCAGCUGAAAGAGCCCACCGCUAAUGGUGACCAUUGUGGGGAUAUCGCACUGCGCGUUUGUGAUGGCCUUGUCUACGUCGCGCUCAGGAACGUUCAGUAA